AUGACGAAUGAGGAAGGCCACGCGCCAAGAGAUAAGAUUGAUCUGAUAAAGGGCACGGACGGGUUCGAAACCCUCCAACUUGGAACUUCCAACACGGCACUUUUUAAGUGUACACAAACGACUGUCGCAACACCGGGACUCUCCAGCCCCCUUGGACGGUGCAAUACGGAAGAAAAAUGGAUGAGCAGGCUGUCAUUUACGCAGGGCCUGUUGCUGGGCCAACUCUCCGUUGUCCUCCUGAUCGGCGCCUUCAUCAAAUUCUUCAUUUUCGGAGAAGCCCCCUCAUCGUCCUCCCGCGGUAUACCACAACGCACAGCACCCCGCAAACGAUCAUACUCUGUGAACAGCACCCUAUUUAGGGAUGCUGCCUCCCGAUCAUUAAAGGAGUCAGCGUCGUCAAAUAUCCUACGGCCCGUUCCUUCAUCUUCUACAAAUACGAAAUCCAUACUCCGGAAAACAUACUACAAUGCCAUCCCUACCAACUUCCAGAAAGGUGGACGACAUCGUCUUCAUCACUCAACUCAUCAGCCUGAAUCCUUGGAUUGGUUCAACGUGUUGAUCGCCCAAUUAAUCGCGCAGUACAGAGAGACCGCAUACAUACUCAAAGAUUCGCCGACAUCAUCGAUUCUCGAUUCCCUUACUGAAACCCUUAAUAAUGUGGAAAAGAAGCCAUCAUGGAUUGAUAGGAUUAAUGUUACAGACAUAUCGAUUGGUGAAGAAUUCCCUAUAUUCAGCAACUGUCGUGUCAUCGCUGUCGACGAUCCGAAUUCCGAUGGCGGCCGGCUUCAGGCAUUGAUGGACGUUGAUCUAAGCGAUGACAACUUAUCACUUGCGAUCGAAACCAAUCUACUUUUAAAUUAUCCAAAACCAGCUUCUGCAGUCCUACCAGUUGCUCUUUCCGUAUCUGUUGUGCGGUUCUCAGGCACAUUAUGCAUAUCAUUUGUCCCUAGUCCAGGCACAACCUCAGACGCCACUCCUCACCCACCCCACCAAGGGCCCCCAGAAGGCCAGAAUGAACCCCAGCCUGGGCAACAGGAUACAGGCAGGCCUUCCAGCAAAGAUGGUGUUAGAUCAGGAAUACCGAAAACAAGCCUCGCGUUUUCGUUCCUACCAGACUAUCGUCUAGAUAUUUCCGUUCGGUCCCUCAUCGGAUCACGGAGCAGAUUGCAGGAUGUUCCCAAAGUUGCGCAACUCGUCGAAGCACGAGUCCAAUCGUGGUUUGAGGACCGUGUCGUGGAGCCCCGAGUCCAGCUGGUUGCUCUGCCAGGCAUAUGGCCACGGAUGGGACGAACUGGUGUUCGAGCACAGGAAGACCCUGAUGCUGUCUCCAUUGAUUCAGAUGACUCUGAGGCAAACGCUACACGUAGCAGAUUUACUCCUGUUAAUACCAAUAUUAAUGAGACACAGGCUUCACGAGACCUCAAUAUGGACGGGCUGCGGUAUCGACGAGGCAAUCAUCCUACAAGCGAAGCCACAGCAGAAGGAUAUGAUCGUCGAACUCAAAGCAGUGGCCAAAUAGGGGCAUCCGCUGAGGAACAGUUUAGGAUUCCUGGGUCAUUGCCAGGUGCACCGGCUGUGGCAUAA